AUGAACAGUGUUUGCUGCCUGGUCCUGGCCGCGCUGAGCCUGUGGCCAGACCGAGCCGCCGCGCCAGGGCCGCCCCCCGGCCCCCCGAGGGCCUCCCCGGACCCGCGGGCCGAGCUGGACAGCGCCAUCCUGCUGACGCGCUCCCUGCUGGCCGACACCCGGCAGCUGGCCGCGCAGCUGAGAGACAAAUUCCCAGCCGACGGAGACCACAACCUGGAUUCUCUGCCCACCUUGGCCAUGAGCGCAGGCGCGCUGGGGGCCCUGCAGCUCCCGGGCGUGCUGACGCGGCUGCGGGCCGACCUGUUCUCCUACCUGAGGCACGUGCAGUGGCUGCGCCGGGCGGGCGGCCCUUCCCUGCGGACCCUGGAGCCCGAGCUGGGGGCCCUGCAGGCCCGGCUGGACCGGCUGCUGCGGCGGCUGCAGCUCCUGAUGGCCCGCCUGGCCCUGCCCCAGGCGCCCCCAGACCCGCCGGCGCCCCCCCUGGCCCCGCCGGCCUCGGCCUGGGGAGGCAUCCGGGCGGCCCACGCCAUCCUGGGCGGCCUGCACCUCACGCUGGACUGGGCCGUGCGGGGCCUGCUGCUGCUCAAGACGAGGCUGUGA